AUGGCACACUCGACCGAAAACGCCCAUUCUGACAGGCGAAGGACAGAAUCCAAUUCUUCUGAGAAGGAGCUGUACCAGCCAUCAACGUUAGACUCGCUUCCUGUCUUAUCUUCGUCGCCAACUCCGGAAGAUGUCGAGAGAGAUUGGCCCACAGGAUGGCGUCCGUACACAUCUUUGUUUGGAUGCUUCUUACUCAUGUAUACGUCGUGGGGCUUAGUGAAUGCCUACGGGACAUUCGCUUCCUACUACUCCGAGUCGCUCUUCCGCGGUGACGAUCUGAUGUUAAGCAACUUGAUCGGCUCAACACAAUGCUUUGUCAUUCUCUUCUUCUCCUUCAUCGUCGGCCGCCUGCUGGACGCAAACCAUAGCCGUGAACUGCUGAUGGCCGGUUCAGUCAUCGUCACCAUAGGCAUGUUCAUGCUGAGCAUUUCUAACGGUAAUGGAGGCCUAGACCAAGGCAACUACGGUUUGACAUGGUUGACACAAGGUCUGGUGACUGGACUGGGCAUGUCCUGCUUCUUCGUGUCAAGUUCUCAAAGUUUCAACAAUGCAGUACGAUAUGUCACUAUCGUGCUAUCCGUUUCAAGCUUCGCGGCAGUACUACUGGCCCGACCAAACCCCGCGCAUCCCUUCAGAUCACCCAAGAAGUGGAUGUCAAAGAGAACAUGGGUCGAUACAUCAGCAUUCCGUGAUGGUGCAUUCUGCUGCUUCACGGCAUCAAUCUGUGCUCUCUUCCUCGGAUUCUACUGCGUAUUCUUCAGCCUGGAAGAGUGGGCCGCAACCAAUGGAAUCGCCUACAAAGGUACCUCGCCUCCAGGAGACCGGAUGGCUCUGUCGACAUACUGGCUGUUGAGCAUCAUGAAUGGCUGCAGUACCUUUGGCCGACUCAGCUCUGCUUGGCUUUGUGACAAAUUCGGAGCGGUGAACGUUCACAUGACAGUGACGAUUGUGUCCAGCAUUCUUUGCUUGUUCCUAUGGACGUUCGCCAAGACACUCGCACCGGCUUUAGUUUUUGCCAUCCUGUUUGGAGCCUUCUCCGGCGCUGUGAUCGGACUACCUUCAGCAUCAAUGGCGGCCAUCCUCGGAGAGAAGCCAGAAAGACAGGCCAAGCUUGGACAUUGGGUAGGCAUGAUGUACACAGCGGCAGCACCAUUUGCCCUGGUCGGACCAGUGAUUUCUGGGCACCUGGUUACGGAAUACAAGACUUAUCUCGGAGUGCAGAUCUGGAGCGGCAUGUGUCUGCUUCUGAGUGCAGGCUUCAUGGCAGGAGCAGUGUUUUUCAAACGCAGAAACGAGAUGAGCAGUGACAGUGACGAAAAGGUGUAA